AUCUUACAUCCUCCACUUUCCAAAAAAACAAGAAAAUUCAAAACAAGACAAAACAAAAAACAAAUGGUUUCUAAUCAUGAUUAUGAUUACUUUUCAUUUCUUGUUGUUGUUGUUGUAAAGAUGAGUAGUAUGAUAAUAAUGCAGAGUAUUGAUUACUCAAGGCUUUUUUGGUUAUUUUUUGGAAUCUUGUCUCACGUUUACCACGAAGAAAAGUCUUGGAUUGAGGAUUAAUUCUACAAAGUUUUAGAUAAAUUAAUAGUAAAUAAACUCUUUCUGUUUUUGUACUUUAUUUUUGGUGUUUACUUUUGUAGUCUUUCUUGCACAAAAGUUGUUGUACAAAUUAUUAUAGUGCUUAUAAAGUUUAGGUGAUUGUUACUUUGUUAGUUAGAAUAAUAAUAAUUAUAAUUAUUAUUAUUUAGUUAAGAAUUAAAUAUGUAUUAUUCUAAUAAUAGAAAGGGCAAAAAAGAGGAUGGUAGAAAGGAGCAUAGUUACAUGGAAACUGAUCCAACUGGUCGAUAUGGUCGGGUUGGAGAUAUUCUUGGAAAAGGGGCAAUGAAAACAGUGUAUAAAGCAAUUGAUGAGGUCCUUGGAAUAGAGGUAGCGUGGAACCAAGUCAAACUCAAUGAGGCACUUCGUACACCAGAGGAUUUGGAGAGACUUUAUUUAGAGGUUCAUCUUCUCAGUACCCUCAAACACCAAUCCAUCAUGCAAUUCUAUACCUCUUGGAUUGAUGUUGACAACAGGACCUUCAACUUCAUUACAGAAAUGUUCACUUCUGGGACACUCAGAGAAUACAGGAAGACAUAUAAGUAUGUAGGCAUGCAAGCAAUAAAGAGUUGGGCUCGCCAAAUCUUACAGGGUCUUGUUUAUCUGCAUGAACAUGAUCCUCCAGUAAUUCAUAGGGACCUCAAAUGUGACAACAUAUUUGUCAAUGGACAUCUUGGACAAGUGAAAAUUGGUGACCUUGGUCUAGCGGCAAUUCUACGUGGUUCACAGCCAGCUCACAGCGUUAUCGGAACCCCAGAGUUCAUGGCACCGGAAUUGUAUGAAGAAGAAUACAAUGAACUUGUUGAUGUGUACUCAUUUGGCAUGUGUGUUUUGGAAAUUAUUACAUCUGAUUAUCCAUAUAGUGAGUGUACUAAUCCGGCGCAGAUAUACAAGAAAGUGACAUCGGGUAAGCUACCGGCAGCAUUUUUCCGGAUUGAAGAUGCAGAAGCACAAAAGUUUAUUGGAAAAUGCCUAGUGAAUGCAGCAAAGAGACCAUCGGCAAAGGAACUGUUGAAGGAUCCAUUUCUUGUGUGCGAUGAUGCAUCAUCGAUAACAAAGAUUGUGAUGCAGGAUCCAUUUUUAAAUUACACUGAGAUGGAUAAACUUCAAUUGAAGAGUGAUUCACCUAGGACUUCAAUGUCAAUAACCGGGAAGCUGAAUCCUGAAGAUGAUUCUAUCUUUCUCAAAGUGCAAAUUUCUGAUAAGGAUGGUUAUGCUAGGAAUGUAUAUUUUCCCUUUGACAUUUUCAAUGACACUCCAAUUGAUGUUGCAAUGGAGAUGGUGAAAGAGUUGGACAUCACAGAUUGGGAGCCUUCUGAAAUUGCUAAUAUGAUUGAAGGAGAGAUAUCCGUCCUGCUGCCCGAUAGAAGAAAUAGCAACCAUCCACACACCUGUCAUUCAUUCAGUUAUCAUGAUGAUGAGAAUGAUGAAGGUCCUCAUCAAUAUCAUCACUCUGUCUCUUCUUGUUCAUCGUCGCAAGAAUCAUUAUCUAGUGCAGUCAAUAGAGCUGAUGACGUAUCAAAUGGAUAUCGUUUGCUCCAUGACGAUAUGUGUGAUGAUGCCAGUUCACGAUGCUCUUCACACGGGACAUACUCCGACUUGAAUUUUUGCUCUGUGGACGACCAGGAUCACAAUGUGGCUUCAACAAGAAAAGAUAAACAUCCCAUCAUGAAUCACAAGUUUACAAUGUUUUCACAUGGUGAAGACCAAAUCACUUUGAAUCAGUGCAAAGUUUUAGCUGGACCACAAGCACCUUCUACAAGUGAAAGUAAGAAGAUGACAGACAAUCGUAUAUUAACGAGGAACAAGUCACUAAUUGAUAUGAGGAGCCAAUUACUACACCGAUCUCUGGUCGAGGAGGUAAACAAAAGACGGUUAUUCAAGACAGUUGGAGCUGUGGAAAGUAUUGGAUUUCAAACUCCUUAUGAGAUUACAAGCAAAAAGUCACAGCCUGUAUGUGGUAAUUUAGAUGUCAGCUCUUCAGGAAAGGUAGAGAAGAAAACUUGAGAACUAAAAAGGUUUAAAAAUAGCUAUUGUUGAGCAUUGGAAUUAAAAAGAACAAAAAGAAAUGCAUACCUUUGUGUCUUGGACUAGAGAAAAUGUUAAGGUUGAUGUUCUAUGGUGUUUUCGGAUUUUCAAGGAAUAAUGGGCACGAUUUGAAGGAAAAUUCACAUGUUGUCCACUUAGAUGUCUAAGCAGAGUUAUUACGGUAAUAAGUUCAAAUGAAUGUAAAUAUAUGUUCAUGGAGUGUUCUGGACAUAAAUAAAUGCAUUUUUGGAAAUGAAUAAGUCUUCUCAUAUUAGUUGGAU